AUGGCCGGAAGGGCUGCGACAUCGUCGGCUAAAUGGGCGAAAGAGUUUUUGCUCAGAAGAGUCUCAUCGAAUCCUCUUGGAUCGAUUCGAAACUGUUCUUCGGCUCCUGGAGCUACCUCUGCACCUAAAAAAGUCCCUCAUUUUUCCAAGAAAGGAAGGAUAUUGACCGGAGCUACGAUUGGACUGGCCAUAGCUGGAGGAGCUUAUGUGAGUACUGCAGAUGAAGCAACCUUCUGUGGGUGGCUAUUCUCAGCAACAAAGGUUGUGAACCCUUUCUUUGCUCUCUUGGAUGCUGAGUUUGCGCAUAAGCUGGCUGUUUCAGCUGCUGCUCGCGGGUGGGUACCUAGAGAAAAGAGGCCUGAUCCACAGAUCUUGGGACUUGAAGUCUGGGGAAGGAAGUUUUCAAACCCAAUUGGUCUCGCUGCUGGUUUUGACAAAAACGCUGAGGCUACCGAGGGCUUGCUAGGAAUGGGAUUUGGCUUUGUUGAGGUUGGCUCCGUUACUCCUGUUCCACAAGAAGGCAACCCAAAACCACGCAUCUUCAGAAUAAGCCAAGAUGGAGCUAUUGUCAAUAGGUGUGGAUUUAACAGCGAAGGGAUUGUUGUGGUUGCGAAGAGGUUGGGUGCUCAACAUGGUAAAAGAAUGUUGGCGGAAACAUCAGGCACUUUGUCAACUACAAGUGAUGAAGUGAAACCAGGGGGCAAGUCAGGACCUGGUAUUCUUGGGGUCAACCUUGGAAAGAACAAGACUAGUGAAGAUGCUGCAGCUGACUAUGUCCAAGGAGUUCAUAACCUAUCUCAGUAUGCUGAUUACUUGGUUAUCAAUGUUUCAUCACCCAAUACUGCAGGGUUGCGUAUGCUUCAGGGAAGGAAACAGUUGAAGGACCUUGUAAAGAAGGUUCAAGCAGCUCGGGAUGAGAUGCAGUGGGGAGAUGAUGGUCCUCCUCCUCUUCUUGUCAAGAUCGCUCCUGAUUUGUCCAGAGGAGAGCUCGAAGAUAUUGCAGCGGUUGCUCUUGCUCUCCACUUGGAUGGUCUGAUCAUAUCAAAUACUACAGUGUCAAGGCCAGAACCUGUAACCAACGACCCUGUGGCAAAAGAAGCAGGUGGUUUGAGUGGGAAACCGCUCUUUGCUCUCUCCACCAACAUGUUGAGUGAGAUGUACACUUUGACACGAGGAAAGAUUCCACUGAUAGGCUGCGGCGGUGUUAGCAGUGGUGAGGAUGCUUACAAGAAAAUAAGAGCCGGAGCAACUCUUGUUCAGCUGUACACAGGGUUUGCCUAUGGAGGACCCGCUCUCAUCCCACAAAUAAAGGAGGAACUGGUGAGUUGCUUAGAAAGGGAUGGCUUCAAGUCGAUUCAAGAAGCAAUCGGUGCGGAUCACAGAUGA